UCCUUGAGCUAUACUCAGACUACUGCUGCUGACUGUUUGUUUCCCCACCACAGGUUCCUGCUCCAGUCCCUGGAAGACUUGGACAAUAGUUUAAGAAAACUCGGCUCCUGCUUGUUUGUGGUCCGGGGGCAGCCAACAGAUGUCUUCCCAAGACUUUUCAAAGAAUGGGGAGUGACCCGUCUUACCUUUGAAUAUGAUUCUGAACCAUUUGGAAAGGAGAGAGAUGCAGCUAUCAUCAAACUGGCCAAGGAAGCUGGUGUAGAGGUGGUGAUAGAGAAUUCUCACACUCUCUAUGACCUGGAUAGAAUAAUCGAGCUGAAUGGCCACAAACCACCUCUCACCUACAAGCGUUUCCAGACCAUCAUUAGCCGCAUGGAGCUUCCCAAGAAGCCAGUGAGCAGCAUAACAAGCCAGCAGAUGGAGAAGUGCAAGUCUGAGAUCCAGGAUAAUCAUGACGACACAUACGGAGUCCCAUCUCUGGAGGAGCUGGGUUUCCCCACAGAUGGCCUUGCCCCAGCAGUUUGGAAAGGAGGUGAGACAGAGGCCUUAGCCCGGCUGGAUAAGCAUUUGGAAAGAAAGGCUUGGGUUGCAAAUUAUGAAAGGCCAAGGAUGAAUGCCAACUCCCUGUUGGCAAGCCCCACAGGGCUCAGUCCAUACCUGCGUUUCGGCUGUUUGUCCUGCCGCUUGUUCUACUACCGCCUCUGGGAGCUGUACAAAAAGGUAAAGCGAAACAACACACCACCACUCUCCCUAUAUGGGCAGCUCCUCUGGCGGGAAUUUUUCUAUACGGCAGCCACCAACAAUCCCAAAUUUGACCGUAUGGAAGGGAACCCAAUCUGCAUUCAGAUUCCAUGGGACAGGAAUCCUGAAGCCUUGGCAAAAUGGGCAGAGGGCAAAACAGGCUUCCCUUGGAUUGAUGCUAUCAUGACCCAACUAAAACAGGAAGGCUGGAUUCACCACCUAGCCAGGCAUGCUGUGGCCUGCUUCCUGACCAGGGGUGAUCUCUGGAUCAGCUGGGAGUCUGGAGUCAGGGUGUUUGAUGAAUUGCUGCUGGAUGCAGAUUUCAGUGUGAAUGCUGGCAGCUGGAUGUGGCUUUCGUGCAGUGCUUUUUUCCAACAGUUCUUCCACUGCUACUGCCCUGUGGGUUUUGGGCGUCGCACAGACCCCAGUGGUGACUAUGUUAGGCGAUACUUGCCCAAGUUAAAGGGCUUCCCCUCACGGUACAUCUACGAGCCCUGGAAUGCCCCUGAGUCAGUGCAGAAGGCAGCCAAGUGCAUCAUUGGGGUGGACUACCCCAAACCCAUGGUGAAUCAUGCAGAGACCAGCCGGCUAAACAUUGAACGCAUGAAACAGAUCUACCAGCAGCUGUCACGCUACAGAGGCCUCUGUUUAUUGGCAUCAGUCCCUUCCUGUGUGGAAGAUCUCAGCAACCCAGUCACAGACUCAACUGCAGGCCAGGGCAGCAGCACCACUACAGCACAGAGGCUGUUGCAUUGUGGUCAGACCUCUCCAAAACGUAAACAUGAGGGAAUAGAGGAGCUAUGUGCUGAAGAGCUGUACAAACGGGCCAAAGUGACGGGUCUGCACAUUUCAGAGAUCCCCAGCAAGAACUUGUGAAUCCAGAGAUGGGCGAAUCGCAAGGGAAGAGUUGGGGUUCUGGAGUGUUCGCCACAACAGUGGAUGGGUGCUGCUCCCAAAGGGAUCAGAGCUUUUGAGCAACAGCUGAAAAUGGGAGGGGAAAGGGGAAUGAAUGUGUAAGUCUGAUGGCUGCCCCACAGGGAUAUUGCGUCACUUGUGUUUGGGUACAUUUUGGCUCAGUGGCAAUACAGAAGCCCUGGGACCUAAACCUCUUUCUUAGCCAAGCCUGGAAUCUGCCCAGAUUGGAGGUGGCAAGAGUUUUUCAUUCACUCCCAGGUGUAUCUUCUUCCUUUCCAUUUGUCUCAUACAUGGGUCCAUUUGCUGCCUAAUUACAGGAAGCAGUAUCUGCAUGUCUCAGAAGAACUAUACACCCACCUUAACUAUUAAAUAGCAGGCAGCGAGAUGUCUUUCACCCCAAAAUAAGUCCUUUCUCCUGCCUGUAUGGCAUUAGGGUGCUCCCAAGGCAUCUGUUCAAACAACUCCAGCCCCAGAGCAUGAUGAAAUGUCCUUCUAUAUGACUGUCAGCAAAGUAGGGGGAUUUGGAAAAGGAUGAAGCUGCAGGAAUGAGACAUCAGUACUGCCAUAGCCAUGACCACCCUCCAUGGACCAGGAAGUACUUAUCUGCUCAGUGAGUCUUAAACAUUCAAACCAGUGCCUGAUUGUGACCCUGCCAUUGUCCAAAUGGGGCAGAUGUCUAGAAUAGGCAGCUGAAAACUGGCUUUUUCCUCUCUGGGGCCCUCUUGAGGGGAAAUUUCAAGAGAAGGGUGACUCUUCUGAGAAUAAGCCUUUGCGUUGAUCGUAGAUGAAGCUUUCUCUCAAAUAUUUGCCCCUCUGAGUAGCAGAGAAGGCUGUACCUGGUGAGGAACCCCAUUCUGGAUCUACUAAGCUGUGGUAUCUACCCUUUCUGCACGUUUUCCUUCCCUAAGAAGAGGCCCUUUCAAACAGAGUGAGCAAUGUCUGGUGUGGAGCCCAUGCAGUGUCUGAUAUGGAGUGAAUGUGCCACUAGAAUGAGGCUGGGCUGUUGGGCAGCUCCUAUACGUGAGUCUUCCUUGGGCUCCAUAGCCCAUUCUUUGUGGACGUCCGCUCCCCUUCCUGUAGGUUGCAGUGCAUUUGUAUCUGGUUUUUUUGUUUGUUUCUGCAUUGUGUAACCCUAUGACCUUAUACCCUGCACCGCAUCCUCUCCCUCUGUCCUCACAGCAUUCAGUGCUUGUAUUCUAACCUGACAGCUUUGUAGCACAUACAGGCUGUUAAUUAUACAUCCCCUGGUCUUGUUCGUCUUUCAUGAAGGCGCUGACAGGCCCUCAGGCUGCCCCCCAGAUUAUGGGUGGAAUAGAGUAGAGGAGCCUCUGUUUCUGCAGCCAUCACAAGGAAUUGUCUCCAGUGUCUGUGCUUGGCACAACAUUUGUUUGCCAUCUAAAUUAACAGUCUAUAUCUGUGUGGCAUAGACAUAGGCCCUAGCAGAAACAGCUGCCUAGGUUCACUCACAAUCUCACCUACUGAUAACCUGUUCCCUUACCAUAACAGAAGACAAUUUCUCAUCUUCAAUGGAUUUGGAUUCAGUUUUGGGACCCAGACUUUGAAGUUUAAAUGAUGCUGGGGUUAUAAAUAGCAACUGAUUCAGGGGCAUUUGAAAGGUUUACAGUUACUGGGAGAUGGGGCAGUAUGUCAGAGCCAAGAGUUAGUUUAUAAACACCAGCUAAAUAACCUUUCCCUCCUACUAACAACACUAGGGCAUUGACCCCAGAUUUCCCUUUCCAGUGGAAUCUAUUGACCAGACUUUCCAAGCAGUGAGUCUCCCCUCCUAACCUUGUUUUGGUGUGUAUUUUUCCAUACUAAUAUCCUCUAGAGAGGAUUUAAGAAUAACCCAAUUAUCCAGCGUAACUGGGGGAUGUCUCCAAAUCCUUACCAUGGCAGGGCGGCUCUAUAGUCUGGUAGCAUAGGGGCUAGGGGCAGGAUAGGACCCCAUCUUCUGGUGCAGAGAAGGGGAAAGAAAUGCACUUUGUACACUUAGCAUUCAGAAAAUGUGACUUCUGUCAUAUGGACAGUUUCAUGCGUAUACAAUCGUCUGUCUGUAAAUAUUGUUUUAUAAAUGUCUUUAACCCUCUA